UUGACGGGCCUCUGGCUCUGCUUCUCGGGCGGUAACAGUCUGUGGUGUCUCCGCUCUUUCUCUGCUCAUUACAAACUUAUUCUGACGGUUCUUUUCCUCACUGUUGCCGCUGUUUUCGCCGCUGUUUUCGCGUCAACAUGUCACACACCGUCAUCACCACCACCACCACGACCACCAGACCGUCUGACGGCGUCCUGAACCUUGGCUACACCCGGACCAUCCCGGGACUGCUCAAGAUCGGACAGAUACUUGCCUUGCUGGUGGCCUUCCUGUGUGUCCACUGUGUUCGCGGGUGGCCUAACUGGUAUGCCUUCCAAUACUUUGAGGUGGUGGUCCUAUGGUUCCUCAUCGCCCUCAUCAUCUUCCUCUUAAUGCAUCUGUUCAGGCUGCAGGCGAAGAUGCCCUGCAUCAACUGGCCACUAACGGAGUUCUUCCACUACUCCGUUGGAUCCGUCCUCAUCCUCAUCGCCUCCAUCGUUGCCAGCGUUAAAGCCGGAGGAGUUUCAGCGCUGGUCACUGCAUCGGUGUUCGGGUUCAUAGCCACGUUCCUGAUGGUGGUUAGUUUGUGGACGUCUUACAGUGUGUCCUGUGCUCCUCAUCAGACCGGUGCUGCAGUGUAAAUACCAAUCCAUUAUGAAGACUCCAGUCAACGGUCCUGGUCUGUUUUCUGCCUAGCAACCAUCUGGAUACUUAACCCGAUUGGAUGAAAAUGUAAACCACAAGGUAACACAUAUGCUGACCCAGGACCAGCCGUGGUUUCAACAAACUGAAGGACACAAAUAUACACUCUAAACACAGAGUUACCGUAGUUACAGUAUUAAUUACAGCUCAUUUUUAUUUCUCAUAGAUUAUUAUAUAUCUUAAGUCACAUUUUUACAUUAAAGGUGCUCAGUGUCACAGAUUAUUGUUGUCACAUAACGUCUACAUUCGUGUUGAGAACAAACAGUACAAUCAUGGAACGGUAUCGCUCUUACGACUACAUUUCCCAUCAUUCCUGCUGCUUGUUGCUCUCUGUUCCCUUCCCUGAUAAAAAAGGUGUGACAGAAGAGAUUAGAUUUUUUGGAAACACAAUUUGUUCUACGCAAAAUACAGCAACUAUGUCUGUUUGUGGAAUUUAAAGACCUUAAAAAUUUUAAUUAAGCUACUUUUCACUAUAAAAGAUCGAAUAUAAAAGAUUCCAGUGUUUCUUGUUAAAUAAGUACAUGUUUUUAACAAGGGAAAAGAAUGUCUAAUAUGUGACUCUUAUGAAACAGAACAUUUACAUUUUCUUCAUUAAAUAAACACCGGGUCUUGAAGCUGCAGUUAGCUAAUGUUGAACUGUAAAUGUGUAAAUAUAACUUUGCUGACAGUAGCUUUAUUUAUUUAGCUUGUGAUUCCUGUUAGUAACUUUGUGGAUUAGAAUAAAAUAGACAAACGUCAUGUGUGUAAACAAUGCAGAAUUCAAACAGAAUAAUGACUAGUUGAUAUUAAUGGUUAACUCUAGCUCAUAUUGGCUGUCGUUAGUUCACUAUCUAACCUUAGCUGUUUGAGCGUAGUUCAUCUCUGCUUGAUGAAUAGAAAUGUGUGUUUAUUUAAUAAGAAACAUUUGAAUGAUUUAUUUUAUAUCUAGUGAAACAAAGGAUAUACAGUUUUGGAAAAAAAAUAAGAGACCACUGCAAAAUUAUCUCUUGCUCUGAUUUUACCAUUCAUAGGUAUGUGUUUGAGUAAAAUAAACAUUUUUGUUUUAUUCUCUAAACUACCGACAA